AUGGCACCGGCAAAGACAGGGUCUCGAACAUUCAGUGGAUGCUGGGCUUGCCGCUUCAAGAAAAGGCGAUGUGAUGAAAAGAAACCGGUGUGUUCGUUGUGCUUGCUGCAUGGCGAUAAGUGUAGUUUCGAUGUUCGGCUAAUAUGGCAAAACGAGAACACCUUCUCGGUAAAUAAAGCGAGGGAGCUGGUUUCCUGGAAAGAGCUCAAGAAUCUCAGCAGAAGAAGUAAAAGCUAUAGAAUAUCGAAACGAGAUUUUUGCAAGAUGACGCAGUUUCGCCAAAUGUCCCCUCCAAACUCCGGUGAUGAGGACGACGGUGUAAUACGCAACGACGACGGGCUCGGAGUAGAAGUCAAAUCAACAGAUCCCGCCGCUUUGGAGAACGAUGGGGGCGCGUUGGGCGCGUAUGAAAAUAAUGAAGAAAGGUCCCAUGACCAAGGCAGCUCCUUCACAAUAAGCGUACGCAGGCUCAAAAUCUAUCAGAACGCCUUGGAUUGCGUGCACCGUAAAAACGAUGGCCACCUAGAUUUUGAUCAGGGCUUUGUGAACGACCGACUCUCCAGCUUGCUUACUUGUCUUGAAGAAGGUAGAGAAAGCUCGCCGAUUUGCAGAAGCGGACCUUUUGGGUUGUUCACCGUAAAAUUAGAGGAUUCUACGUCAAUGAAGAAACACAAGGCUGUAGCUGAGCCCCUCAAACGUCGCAAAUCUGAGUCUGUUUUUAGCUGGGCUUCUGGCUUACCAGAUACGCCUUUAUCGCAAAACUCCACUGCUCGCCCUUCCACUACAGACACUGCAGACCAGUUUCUGGCAUACCACUGGCCUAAUCUACUUCUGAACAACAAUGGAAACUUUUGCUUGCAACAAGCAGGAUACGUCAAGUGGCUUACAGGCCACGUUAGGGAAUUGGUCUCUACGCUGAAUCCAGGAUUCAUGGAAGAAAUCAUGUACGAUAAACUCCAAGCCUCCCACUGGCUGCGCAUAAUUCCUCAAUUUUCGACGGAAUGCCAGGCACUAUAUCUUCUGCUAAUAGUUAUGGUGGAUAAAAAGCAGGACUUCAUGCAUUACGUUUCGAGAUGGGUUCAAUCUCAAACAAAGGCCACGUAUCUAUCGUUUCCCUUGAUCGCCCAUACUUUGAAUCGCGAUACAAAUAUCACAAAUCUUAUUCAUUGCCAUGAGCUUUUAUCCGAAGCAGGUCUUCAAGAUUUAUAUCAAUAUGAUAUGACGUCGAUGCUUAAGAUCAAUACCGUGAGAUUGAUUUUGCAGCAUUGGAGCAAUGUGAUGAUGGACCAAAUAUGCCAGUGCAAGGAGACAACACAUGCGGAAAUGCAAUUGAAAUUUUGGGAAUUGCAGCUGCAGUGUAACGAGGAAUUUUAUAGAGAUAUAUGCCUAGCAUGA